UGCAAUGAUGUCAUUCAUAUUUUCCAAUAUUUACAAUCUUCAUCAAUCUUGUUGUUUUUCAAUCGUUUUCUGGACAUUCUAGAAAAAACAAAUUUCUGUGUGUUUGUGUUUUAAAAAGCUGGAAAAAUGUCGUUAAAUACGGCACACAUUAACGGCGGAGUCUUGAUACACUCUGGAGAACAGAUUUUACUAUUUUCCGAUAAUGUAAACAUCGAAUGGUCCGGCCAAGAGGCCCCCUCGUUCAGAAGCAAAAAAAAUGGUAGAAUUUUCCUUACAACCCACCGAGUCAUAUUCAACAACGGCUCAGCUUCUGACGAAAUGCAAAGUUUCAGUUUCCCAUUCGUCACCCUGAGCGAGGUGGAGAUAGAACAACCAGUUUUCGGUGCCAAUUACAUAAAAGGGAAAGUGAGAGCUCAACCAAAUGGCAAUUGGGUAGGAGAAGCAAAAUUCAAGAUGACUUUUAAACACGGUGGGGCUAUCGAAUUUGGACAAGCAUUAUUACGGGCUGCACAUUAUGCUACUAGAGGAGCAAUGAACAAUGCACCGCCUCCCUACGUACCGCCCCAACCGCAAUGGUAUGCCGCUCCACCUCCAGCUUAUGCCCCACCACCCCAAGGCUAUUACGGUUGGGUGCCACCCACCAACGUUUUCCCUCAACAACCGCCCACCGAUGGCGUGUUUAUGACCGAUAACCCACCACCGUAUCCAGGAAUUUAUCCUGGUGGACAACCCAAUGGAUAUGGACCACCACAAGGAGCUUCAGGUUAUGGACCAUCCGCCCCUUCUGGAGCUUCAGGAUUCACUAAUCCUUCUGAUGCUAAAGCAGCUGAAGCUGCCCAAUCUGCUUAUUAUGAUCCUAAUAGGCCUCAGAUGGCAUAUGUACCACCUCCAGCUUAUUAUGAAAAUCCACCAAGCUACAACCAAGCAAUGACCAACAACAAAAAGGAACAAUAACUUAUAUUUAUCAAAAUUAAAUUGAUCCUGCAUUAUAUAAUAUUGUGUAAAAUUACUCUAAUAAUUAGUUUUAAAAUGAAAGUAUUAUUUUUUCGGUUCUGUUUGGGCCGCACACACACUUUCAUUAUGUGUAUUAUAGAGCAUUAUUAUGUUAGAAUAUUGUUUGUUUUUUUAAAUCUAUUGUUGCAUUCCCUUAAUAACUAUUUUUAAUGUAUUGCUUUUGUUGAAAAUAUGCACUUAUAAAAAUAUUAUGCUUUCGUGUAGGUUAUUGUUAGUUACAAUAAAGCUUAAUAAUUGAAAUUAUUAGUUGUGAUUUUAUUUGUAGAUUUUAGUCCUGAAAGUAUGUCAAAGAUAACUAAGAGGAGAUUUUUAUUAUGAG